ACCAUCUAUUCUUUUCAUGAACAUGUUAUUAUUCCUGCAGCACCCGAUCCAUGUAGCCCUAAUCCCUGUUUGCAACAAGGAACGUGUAUUUCUCUUGUCACUGAUUUCUUCUGUGUCUGCCCACCUCUAUCUACUGGCAAAACGUGUAAUGAAGUGGUUCUUCCCUGCGACUCGGAUCCCUGCCUGAAUGGAGGGUUUUGCAAGGAUGUUAACAUGCAACAAGAGCUCGUUUGUGCUUGUCAGAUGGGCUUUUCAGGAACAUUCUGCCAAAUAGACGAUCCAUGUUAUCCAAACCAAUGUCUACAGCAGGGUACGUGUACAUCUAAUGGAGAUGACUUCAUCUGUAGCUGUCCACCCUCCCACGAUGGCAAGACGUGCAGCAACUUAGUCGAUCCUUGUGUUCCCGAUCCCUGCAUUAAUGGAGGAAGGUGCAUUGAUUUGAACUUAAGAACGGAAUUCUUCUGCACCUGUGUUCCUGGAUUCAAAGGAGUACGAUGCGAAGAAGAACAAGAUCUGCCACCUACGACGGAAUCAACAACAGUUGGGAACAUGACGACUGUUUCCAGCUCCAAUUUAAGAGGCAGUGGACGGCAGCUUUUAGGCAGUGAAUUUCUCAUAUUCGUGACAGUUGUAUUGUCAAUCAUAUUCUUGAAAUUCAAAUAAAAGUAUUGAUACUAGGAAGUUACGCAACAUCUUCUUAAUAAGAAUCAGAAAAACCAAUACUGAAUU